GACGAGAGUGGACUCGUUCAAAUCUCAGUGUUUAGACUUUAAAGCGUAUAGACGGGUGGUGUUCAAGGCCGGUCAUAGAAGAUCCAACUACUUUUGUCGUUCAGAUCAUGAUUUACGUUAAUGGAGUUCGAUUUCCGUCAGAUUCAUCUUCAGUCGAGGGCCUUGACAUGGUAAAUGCUUUAUUGGAGCACCCACAUUUGGUAUCUGCUUCACAAUCAUUCCGUGCUGUACCAGAAAGGAAGUUCUCGGUUUCUGAAGAAUCUGGGUCACAGGGCUCAGCGGAACCCACAUGUGUGUAUGUCUUUCAAAGAGAAUAUGCUAUUGCAGAUCCUGCACUUGUGGAGAUUGUUGGCACUGAUGAAGCAACAACCUGCGUUGGCAUUGUGGUUAGGAAUUGCAAAAAUGGCAUGACAUCUAUUGCCCAUAUGGAUUCUCCAGAUGUUGUUGAUAUUGGCCUCUCCCAGAUGUUGUCAUUAGUUCCAGAUCAUGAUGAUGCUAUUUUGGAUGUUCAUCUAGUUGGUGCAUUUGACGAUUCUGCUACUCAAGGAAAUGAUGAUACUAGAUCCAAACAGCAUUCGGAAAUGGAAGGAUAUUCUUUCCAGCUGUGUAUCAAAAUAGUAGAAAAAUUAGCAGAGAGCAAAGUGAACUUCCAAAUUCAAAAUUUUCAAGUGCUUAAGAAUAACACAAGAUGGGACUCUGAGGGAAAUGCAAAUCCAAUCUUCCACGGCCUUGCGGUGGAGACAUCCUGUGGUUCAGUCGUCCCAGCCAGUUUCGAUAGAAGUACAAGAUGUCCAGAUGAAAUCAUCAGGAGGAUUCGAUUAGGUGCUUCCUUUAAGGACCCUGGAUGUACUGGCCGGUUACUAGAGACAUAUGAAACUCAAACUGACCGAUUUGUCAUCGCCCCAUUUUCUUGGAGCAUGGAUGUAGUACAUAUUGCCAUGAUGAUGAGACACUAUUCUGAUACGGAAAUUCUCGUUGUUGCUUCAACAUCACCUUCUGCUGAGGGCCCAGAUUUUGUUCAUAAUCAUAAAAGGAUAUGGCAGUAUCUAAUACAACAUCCGGAUUGGAGAGAAACCUUUCGUUCAAAGUUGCCACGCGUUUUUGAGAGAAUUGCAAGCGGGAAUUGGGUAAUGACCUCGGACCGAUAGUUUAUUCUAUGGCGUUGGUCAGAUUCUCCAUAUCUGUUGCUUGUUAUCAUUGAUAUUAUCCUGUAUGAGUUUUGGUAUUUAGAGUAUAUGUAACAAUUAAAUGUCUGAGUUACUAUUAACAGUUUGACUUAUCUUUGACAAGAUACACAUUAUUCCAAGAUCCCGACGGUAGGAUCAUGUUUUGAAACAA